AUGUUCUCGAUACGCUCAUUGACCCGAUCGGUUCCUCGAACCCUCUCCAGAUCCAUCGCCACGUCUGCUGCGAGACCUUUGCAGCGAUCUGCUUUCUUCCAGCCAACAUGGAAGCUCAUGUCUCGCCCUUCAUACGCUGCCUUCUCUACCUCAAGACCUAGAUUUGAGGCUGCUGGCCAAGUCGAUGUCGAGCUUGCAGCCAAGUUCCAGGAAGAGCUUGCCCUGGAGACUGAGAGCGGAGAAACCGAGGAGCUCCCUGAGUCUGUCAAGUAUUUCCUUGACAAUGGCCCAUUUGAGAUCAUCGACAAGGCCGGAGAAGAAGAGGUCGUCUUGACCCGGAAGUUUGGUGAUGAAAACAUCCGCGUCUCUUUCACAAUUGCCGACCUCCAGAACAUCAACCCUGAAGAAGAUUUCGCCGACAGUGCCCUUCAAGACGAGCUCGAGAUGGACCAAUCCCGCUCCAACAAAGACGCUUCUCCCGAGGAGAACAUUGAUGAGCAGCCCUUGGAACCCGGCUACCUUGCCCGCGUCGACGUUACCAUUGAGAAACCAGGCAAGGGUGCCAUGCACGUUGAUGCUGUUGCCCGUGAUGGCUUGAUCCAGAUUGAAAACGUUUCCUACUUCUCUAAGGCUGAGCUCGCUACCGCUGAGACUCCCGAUAAGGAAUGGGAGCGCCAGAGCUUGUAUGCCGGCCCACCAUUCGGCAACUUGGACGAGGAGCUCCAGACCCUCAUCGAGCGCUACCUUGAUGAGCGAGGUAUCGAUACCGCUCUUGCUUCCUUCGUUCCUGACUACAUUGACUUCAAGGAGCAGAGGGAAUACGUUCGCUGGCUUGGAAGUAUGUUUCUUUUACCUCUUACUAUUAUCCCUCUUUAA